AUGCAUAAAAUCCAGGCAGUUCUGCAAGGCUGCGAUUACUUUCAAGGGAGAUGGGUUUUUGAUUAUUCGUACCCGAUUUAUAAUGCAUCCACUUGUCCCUUCAUCGGACAGGGCUUUGAUUGCGUGAAGAAUGGUAGACCUGAUCGUGAAUACCUCAAAUAUAGAUGGCAGCCAAAUGGUUGUGACCUUCCAAGGUUUAACGGUCGGGAUUUCUUGGAAAGAUACAGAGGCAAAAAGAUCAUGUUUGUGGGAGACUCCUUAAGUAACAAUAUGUGGCAGUCUCUAACUUGUAUGCUUCACUCAGCGGUCCCCAACUCCAAGUACACCAUAAGCCAAACCACAUUCUCAUUUUCGGAAUACGGAGUAACAGUUAUAUUUAUGAAAAAUGGAUUCCUGGUGGAUGUGGUUAGAGAAAGGGUUGGUAGAGUUCUAAAGCUCGAUACCAUCAGCACUGGCAAACUGUGGAAAGGAGUAGACGUGCUGAUCUUCAACACCAACCACUGGUGGACACACACUGGGCGCUCUAAAACAUGGGAUUAUUUUCAAAUUGGCAACAAGCUUUUGAAAGAGAUGGAUCGUAUGGAAGCUUAUAAGAUUGGGUUAACAACUUGGGCUAAAUGGAUUGACGCCAACAUUCAGCCUUCACAGACUAAAGUCUUCUUCCAAGGAGUUUCUCCCAAUCAUGCAAAUGGGUCAGAAUGGAAUCCAAAGGCGAGGAAUUGUCGAGUAGAAACAAAACCUGUGAAGGGAUCGGAGUAUCCGGGCCCCAAUAAUCCUGGAGAAGAUGUCGUAAAGAGUGUGUUGAGUAAAAUGGCUAAGCCAGUUUACUUGCUUGACAUCACAUUGCUGACACAGCUGAGAAAAGAUGGCCAUCCUUCUACUUACACAGGCAGAGGCAUUAAGUUUGUGGACUGCAGCCAUUGGUGUCUUGCUGGUGUCCCAGAUACUUGGAAUGAAAUCCUUCAUGCAGCUUUGCACAAUGAGUAA